AUGAAUAACAUGUUAAAUGAAAAGAAAAAUUUUAUAAGACACGUAUUGAUGAAUUCCCCUCCAGGGAAAUUAAAUGACUUGGUCAAAG